CGAAAUUCCAUUCAAUUUCAACGGGUAAAAAGAGAAACACGAGCAAUCAAAGCAAACGGAAGAACAAACGUCGGACGAGAAAAAAAUCGUAGACAUAUUUGUAAUUUUCCGAGAAUAAAGAAAUGCAAAUUGAUAAAUAAUUCCUUUGUUAUAAACAGCGACUACAGUGAGAUAAACAAAUUUAAAAAUAUAAACACAGAUAAAAACGGAUGAAAUGAAAUUAAUGCAAUGCCACUGAUGCAAAACAAGGCAAAAAAGAAACAAAGUGAAUCUAAAAAAGGGUGUGUAAUGCUUGAUCUAUAGCAGAUAUCAAAAGUUAAAAGUAAUCAGCAGACACCAACAAAAAUGCAAGAAAAAAAUAUAAAAAUGCGGAAGUUUAAUGAAAUUUUGCAAGCAAGAAAAUAUUGAACGGAGGAAAUAUACAUUAAAAACAAAAGAAGCAAACAAAAGUAAAAAAACGAGAAGAAAAAACUUCUACGAAAUUCCAAGAAAUUGUGCAUGUGUUUGUUGUUUUCAUUGAGUGAGUGCAUGUGACUGUGUGCGUGUGGUGCCUAUAGAGAGAAGCAACAGCAAACAAAAACAACAACAAUAAUAAAAACAAAACACGACGAACACAAACCAUUUUAAACGAGAACAUUUGUUCAUCGAUAAAACAACAACAAUAUAGACAAAACGAAGAAGAGGAACAAAGCAAACAUUGCAAUAUGUCGACACAACGCAUUAAUGCAGCCGAAAAAGAUUUGGAGAAAUUUAUAAAAUUUCUAGCCUUAAAGUCCACCCAAGUUGUGGUACAAUCAAGACUUGGUGAAAAAAUACAAACAAAAUGCAAUCCUUUGGCCGGCAACGACUGGUUUAAUAUCGUUGUCGAAGAUCAUCCAGAUGUUCAUGCCGAAACGAAGAAAGCCUUGGCUUUGUCACCAGGAGAAAACAUCUUGAAACGUCUGCCCCUUUGCGUGGAGAUUUCUUUAAAAACAGCAGAAGGUGAUCAAAUGAUAUUGGAAGUAUGGUCUUUGGAUUUACAAGUAACGGGAGGCGCUGGUGGUGCCAAUGGUGGUACCCAAAGCAAGAACAAAGAUGUUGUCACCAAUGAAAAGGCUGGUCUUAAUCAAAAUAUCAAUACAUCACAACCCGAAACGCCCUGUCUGAAGACGGCUCAUGCCAUCUACAAUCGCAUGGGAAUGCUGUUAAAGUCAUUAAUUUCAUUGACACGUGCCACACCCGCAUACAAGUUAUCCCGACGCCAGUGCCCCGAUUCGUAUAGCAUUUACUAUCGCAUCUACGUUGAGAAACCCCAGGUUCAUGCAUUGGGCGAGGGCCAUAAAACUGUACGCAUUGGUAAUUUAAACACGAUUGUGGGUAAUUUGGUUAUGAGCGUCUCCUAUCGCACCAAAAUGACAAUUACACCGUCAGCCACAGCUGCACAGGCGCGGACACGAGAAUCGAAUACCAUCAUGAUUGAUUCCAAUCACUUUAAGCAUUGUGAAAAUAACAGCAAACAAAAUGCGGGUACAGCCAAUAAUAAGAAAGGAUCUGCGGGUGGCUUGGGUGGUGAUAAGAAAAUCAUUGAUAUUGAGAAGCCCUUAAGGCCAGGUGCCUUCACAGAUGUGGGUAAAUUGCGCCAAUACACCGAAGAUGAUUUUGUUUUGCCAGAAACUCCCCCAUUUGAAUGGCUGUUGCGAAAACCUAGGCAUGAAAGUACGGGUAGUACGGGCACAGGGUAUGGUGGUUCCAUUGAGUCUCUAAAUCGUAAAUGUGAGUCUCCACAAACGUCGCCACUGGGAAAUGGUCAUCAACAUAAUAUCAACAACAAUGCUGCCAAUAACAACAAUAACUGCUCGGCGACAAAUAACAAUGUAACAGCCUUUAAGAGUUUGGAGAAUGAUGAAAAUUUGCAACAACAACCAGCACCCGCUGCCCAAUUGUCUCAAAAAUCUCCCAAUAAUUCAACACACUCCCAAUCACCUGUCAAAUCGUUAUUUAUACCCGCCCCAAUAAACAGUAAUCUACACAAUAGCCGACAGCAGGCCUCCUCACCUCAAUCGAUAACCCUGGCCCAUCAUCUAUCAUCGGAAGAUGAGAAUUUACUCAAAGAAUUGAAUUUCCCCUUUGCCUCACCCACCUCACAUGUCAAUGAUUUGGCGAAAUUUUAUCGUGACUGUUAUCACGCCCCGCCCCUUAAAGGUCUAUCUGAAAUUCAGGCUGAGACAUGUUCGCAAGCAGCCAACUCGGUGGCUAACAACCAGCAGCAGCAACAUCAAACACUUUCCUCCUGCAAUUCCAAAGGUGAAUAUUCAUUCGUUGAUGAUCUUUCCAAGCAAUUGGAACAAUUCGAAACUUCCCUGGAAGACUACGACAAAUUGGUAUCACAAUUUAAUAACCUGCAGACAUCAUCGUCAACCGGUAGUCGUAGUAGUGGUGGUCUACAAAUGAGCAACUAAAAAAGUGGAAAGAGUCAGUUGGGCAACUGACUGUCAAACAGCAUGUAUAUUUGUAGAAAUCGAAAACUAAAAAACACAGGAGAAUAUUUAAUAACAAUUUUUAUUUUAAAAUACUAUGUACAAAAGAUUAUCAACAUUAACGAAACAGAAAGAAACAAAGGUACUGAUAUAUUGUAAAUUGUAAUUAAAAACAUACGAGCUUUUUUGUUUGUAAUUAUGUAUUUUGAAACAACAAAAACAAAAGAAAAACAAAUUAUUUUUAAUUUAUAUUUUACAAUUUGUAUAGUUAUUUUUUAGGUUAAUGUUAUUUUUUUCUGUUUGAUAAUGAUGUUGCUAUUGUUUAAUUUAUAUGUAAUAAUAAUAAUAAUGUGAAAACAAAGAAAUGCAAAAAUAUAUUUUUAAAAAUUAUUUUAAUAAGAUACCAAAUUCAAAAAAAAAAAAAAAAAAAACACAUUUUAAUAUUUUGUUUUAUUUUUAUUGGUUCCUUACUUUAUUUUUAUAAAUUUUUUAAACAUUUUGAAAGUACUAUGAUAGGAAAAUGACGGACAACAAUACACACCUUAACACAAAAUGUAAUUGAAGUUUACGGUGAAAAGACACUACACCAAUUUUAAAUGGGAGGAAAAAUCUAGAUAUUCCAAAUGAAAAGAAAAAUUGAUGGGCAAUAGAUAUACAACCUUUCUCAAGGUUUCCAUACCUCCAUUAUAUGAAUUGAUAGAGUAAAUUCCUGGAUGCAAAGAACAAUUAACGUGGGGAAUUCAAAAUACAAACAGACAGCAGAUUUUCUAAAUAAUUCAGAAUACAAAUAUGCAAAUAAAAUCGCAAAGAUAUAAUUAUGUGAUACAAACUAUAUAUACAAACGCAAGGUCCUGUGCAAUAUAGUUUUCAUAAAGGCAGAUAAAUAUGUUAUAAAUAAUAUGUUAACAACCAUUCGGUUAGAAAGUAUGGUCUGAUAAAUAUUUUUUAUCUAGUCAAUAGGUAUUCUAUAGGUAUAAUACCUUCAAUGGGUCUCCUGAAGAUCAGAAUUUCUGUCGAUGUUCGUAGGUGUAUGUGUAUGGCCAUAAGGCGUAUUUUUCAGAUGGAAGAUGUAAUAGUUGUACUCAAUAGAUAGAAGAGCUUCCAUCUCCUUUUUUCAUGAUACAUCGGACAUUUUUAGAAAACUUUGCAUGUAUUACAGACAGAUUUAUUUUAAAAGACCUUUAACAAAUAGGGGACGUUUAUUAGGUCCUUCAAUUUAUAAUAGGUAUCUAUAGGUAUUUCCUCCAAAGAAAAUACUUACAAAUAAAUAUCAAACAAAAUGCUGCAGCUACUACAUCUGGAAAGCAAGUAAGAAAAGAGGAAAAUGAACAGCGGCCUCUGAAGCAUUUAAGACAGUAGUUGUAUGAAAACUUCGGGGAAGUUUAUCCAAUCCGGAUCAAAACACAGAACAUGGUUGAAUAAUAUUUUUUCUCAUUUUUUUUGCCAAAAUCCUCAGCGGUAGAUUUUUAUAAUUAAUUAAAUCGCAAAAACCUUGUAUAUAUGCGUUCUGAAAUAAGAUAUAAAACAUAUAGCGUUUAAAAGGUCGCAUCUGUGCUUAUCUACCAUUAACGAAUCCAUCUACUUGGAGUACCCAUAUUGUAAUCCCCAGGUUAUUCUUUGACACUUGUUCCUUUUCAAAGAGAGCUUAGCAUCCAGCGACUCUUUGGACUUUGUCCAAUUUUCUAUCUGUAGAAGCUUUUGUCUAGAACGUGUCACUGGGCCUAGGUCUCUUAUGUCAAUUUUGACUAAAAUUACUUUGGCCUUUUUAUGUCGAGUCUUUGUUGCUAUUAUGUUAAAUGGUUCAUAUAUAUAUAAACAUACCUAAUGAACUAAAUUAAUAAACACUUUUCCACCUGAUAUUCCAUUUGACGAAUGUCCAAUGAACUUUUUUAUUUUGCUUCAUUAAAACUUAAUUAGUUAUUGAACUGCAAAGUACUAUGGGAGGGAAUUUUACAAUUUUGAAGAGAACGCAUUUUGUAAUAAAAGAAAACGACAAGAACAGCAAAGUAUUAUUGUCAGUUCGUCACUUGAGUCAAUGGCUAAAUAACACUGGAAUAUAUAUAUAUA